AUUUUAUCUGUUUAACCCCGUAACCAUAAAUAUAAAAUAUUUAUAAAAUCCGUUGAUACACCUGUCACUCCUUAUGAUUUCGUGUACGUUGUUCCCUCUUUCGUCUGCCUAACGAAUUCAACACUCCGACCAUUUCUCCAGCGGACGACAUCGGAAAAUGGCGGCGGCGGAGCGUUUGAACUCGAAAUGGGUGGCCAUGGCGGCUAGUAUAUGGAUCCAGUGCGCAAGCGGCGCUUCCUACACCUUCGGAAUCUAUUCCUCUGUCCUCAAAUCGACCCAAUCCUACGAUCAAUCUACCCUCGACACCGUCUCCGUCUUCAAGGAUAUCGGAGCCAACGCCGGUGUUUUCUCCGGCCUCCUCUACACCGCCGUAACCUCCCAUCGCUGUCGUCUCCGUGGCGGAGGAGGGCCGUGGGUGGUGCUCGCCGUCGGGGCGAUUCAGUGCUUUGCCGGAUAUUUCCUCAUGUGGGCCGCCGUCUCCGGGUUAAUUCCCCGGCCUCCGGUGCCGAUGAUGUGCCUUUUCAUGUUCCUGGCGGCGCAAUCGCAGACGUUCUUCAACACGGCCAACGUCGUGAGCGCCGUCGAGAAUUUCGCCGAUUACGGUGGUACCGCCGUCGGAAUAAUGAAGGGUUUUCUUGGUCUGAGCGGGGCGAUACUAAUUCAACUCUAUGAAACAGUAUGUGGUGGAAAUCCUGCGAGUUUCAUUCUUCUCCUCGCGAUUACACCUGCACUUCUCUCCCUCUUGGCCAUGCCUCUCGUCACGAUAUACGAGACAAGCAAUAUGGAUGAAAAGAAGCAUUUAGGUGGCAUUUCAGCUAUCUCUCUCAUCAUUGCGGCAUACCUUAUGGCGGUCAUUAUUCUAAAGAACACCUUUGGUUUGUCUUCGUGGGCAAAUAUCAUCGCGCUUGUAUGUCUACUCGUUUUGCUUGCCUCACCUCUUCUGAUAGCCAGAAGGGCAUAUCGGGAGAGUUUGGAGAAUUCAUUAUCUCCUGUUCAGUCUCCUCUGAUAGGCAGUCCUAAACCAACGACCUCCAGCAAGAAAAUUCCUGAAGAAGAUAGUCAAAUAGAAGGUCACUGUAACGAAAACCCAGUGCCAAAUGAAGAAAGCUUGAAUCUCCUGCAAGCCAUGCGCAGUGUAGAUUUCUGGUUGUUGUUCCUUGCCAUGAUAUGUGGAAUGGGUUCCGGUCUUUCAACGAUAAACAACAUCCGGCAAAUUGGUGAGUCUCUUCGAUACUCUACCAUCGAGAUAAACUCACUCGUUUCACUGUGGAGCAUAUGGAACUUUCUCGGUCGGUUUGGAGCUGGUUAUGCCUCUGAUGUGUUGCUACACAGAUAUGGAUGGCCACGGCCAUUGUUAAUGGCCACAACCCUUGCGAGUAUGAGCAUAGGCCAUCUGAUCAUAGCCUCUGGUUUUCGAGGAAAUCUCUACAUCGGAUCCGUUAUCGUCGGCAUCUGUUACGGGUCACAGUGGUCACUGAUGCCAACGAUCACGUCUGAACUAUUCGGGGUUCGGCAUAUGGGCACCAUCUUCAACACCAUUUCUGUUGCCAGUCCUGUUGGAUCUUACAUCUUCUCGGUGAGAUUGAUCGGUUAUAUCUACGACAAGACCGCAUCUGGAACGGGACACGUUUGUUAUGGCUCUCGUUGCUUCAUGUUGUCCUUUGUUAUCAUGGCUUCGGUCGCUCUCUUCAGUUUUCUCGUCGCUUGUUUGCUGUUUUACCGGACAAGGACCCUUUACAGACAAAUCGUUGUGAAGAGGUUGCAUCGGCGAUAGAGCCUCUGCAAAUCCUUCCGUGUAAAUUCAGUUUUGUUUUUAUGCAAUGCAUAUAAUCCACAUGUUGAAAUUUUAAAAUAUCACGACUA